AUGGUCAAUACUGCACUCGAUCAUGCCGAUUGGGUACAGGUGAUGCAAGAAGAACUACAUGAGUUCAAAAGAAAUCGAGUUUGGAGAUUGAUUCCAACCCCUAAGGAUGCUUCUGUGGUAGGAUUAAAAUGGGUAUUCAGGAACAAGAUGGAUAAAGAAGGCAAUGUCAUCAUGAACAAGGCUCGGCUAGUAGUGAAGGGAUAUUGCCAAGAAGAGGGGAUAGACUAUGAAGAGACGUUCGCUCCAGUAGCUAGAUUGGAAUCGGCCAAAUUAGCUCACGUCACGAGCUACCUUACUCUUAUCAAAGUAGUUGAGAGUUUACUGCUUUGUCACUCUUUAACAGCAAAGUGUACUUUGAUUGACUUAUGUGUUGACCAAGAAGAAAAUUCAGUUGACGACGCAUUAUGUGGAUAA